UCUGUCCUUGGUAACAUACGUUUCAUUUACAGUCAUCAUUGCUAACUAUAACAAAGUUGUAGCAAGUACAACAUGUUCAAAAUUUUUAUUGUGACAUCUGUCAUUUUUCUUUUCAUUGUUGCAACUCCUGGAAAAAGAAUACGAAAUCAUCGUCCAGAUGAAGGGGACAAGCUUCAGAGAAAGUCAGAUGACGCAAUUCUUGACGAAUUGGCAAUGAAAAAGGAACUUUUUCAGGACAUUUUCCUAGAACGCCAAUCUGGAGAUAAAUUACAAUUUGGAUAUGUUUGUGAAAAUCCGAUUCAGUGGGAGCAAAGAUUUGAAGAAAAAGAUUUUCUAGAAAAUCGUCAUCGGGGAAAGGUAUUGCCGUCACUUUAAAAUAAAUUAUUUCUUUGACAAAAU